UAGUUUAAUCUUUAUAUUUCAAUUCAUUAUAUAUAUUUUUAUACGGAGUAUAUGAUUACUUAAAUGUCUAACACCCUGAAUUUCAUAUUUUUAUUUUCAAAAUGGUUAGAUUCUUUUUUUUGGAAAGAUAGAGUCAUUUAGCUCAGCCUCUCCAGUCUCCCCUUAGCUAUAAAUGCCACCCCACCCAUACAGUGCUUCUUCACCCCAACCCAAAAGCUCCCCUCCCCAUUCCAAACAACAAAACCAACAAACAAUGUCACAGAGAGACGUGUACACCAUGAAAGAGUUCUUUGAAGUCCUCUCCCUACAGGAACAGACCGUCUUCCUCGAGAUCAAGCGCCAGCAGCAUAGUGUUACUGCUGGCGCCACAAAUUCCAGCAUCUGUUCCCUGGGGGACAUAAUGGAGAUGAUGGCCCUCCAGGAGAAGAAGGCCGUCUUCGAGAAGAAGAGGCGGGAGAAGCUGGCCAACCCCAACGUCCGCCGCCCUAGUGUGCUUGAGCUCUUUGGGGAGCUUCAUUACUCCGAACCUCUUCCUCCCUCCCCUCCUCCCCCCGUUGAUCACGAUGACCGUGCUGAUCCAACCUCUUCCUCUCCGGCGAACUUCUCCCUAGGAGAGAGCUCAAGCUCCUUCUCGGGAGAAGUGCGUGACUCCGAGGAGGAGUGGAGGGACCCAAAUCAUGCUGCCCCUCGUCGUGGAAGGAACGUGGGAGAGGGUAACAACCGCAGCGCUUGAAGAAGAGAGAACUAGGGAAGGUGGCUUGAAGAGAUCGAUGGAUGGAUGGUGUGGACCUGAUAAUUAAAUAUAUGUAUUGUCUUUAAUUAAUUGUUUUCUUUAUUUAAUAAUGCUUUUAUUAAAUAUAGUUAAAUAUCAUAAUGUGUAAGAACAAGACAUGAAUGAAUUGUGAAGAAGUGUAAUUAAGCUAUAUACGGAGU